CUCUCUCUCCCUCUCUCCUUGCCCUUCCUCUCCCUCCCCUCUCUCUCUCCUUGCCCCUCUGUCUUUCUCUCGCUCUGUCUCUCUCUAAACUUGUUGCUAAAAGCUUGCUCGCGAGACUGAGACACACGCACACACACACACACACACGCACACACUGCCCUUCAGUGAGCUGCUGCAGGACGUUAGCUCGCCUUCGCUCGCGCAGCCUCGUGCCUCAGUCUGCUUAAGCACGGCCAUCCGCGCGCUGUUGAUGGAGCUCGAGGAAAAAUGCGCGCGCUCCUUCUCCUCGCUGCUCUGUGUGGCUGCAUCUUCGCCUCAGUCUGGCCACUGCAGAUGCAGUGCUACCACUGCGAGGAGACGCUCCUGAACAACGACUGCUCAGCCGCCAAGUUCAUCGUCAACUGCACAGCCAACAUCCAGGAUGCCUGUCAGAAGGAGGUGAUGGUGGGCACGCACGGUGUGUCAUACCGCAAAGCCUGCGCCUCGUACACCACUUGCCUGAUCGCGUCGGCCGGCUACCAGCCCUUCUGUUCCCCUGGCCGAAUGGGCUCCGUCUGCAUCAGCUGCUGUAACACUCCUCUGUGCAACGGCCCCCGGCCCCCGCGCAUCUCCAAGGCCCACACUUGCACUCCACUCAGCCUCAUGCUCCUCCUGGCUCUCACCGUUACUAUGGCAACCCUGUCUGCAAUCUUGCUGUGAGCGACAGCACAGCACAAGGAUACUACCGAGCAAAAACAACCCGUCACUGUUAACGAGCAGGUUUGAACAAUCAAGCAGAUGCCUUGGCGUCCCAGUAUAACCUACAAACAUCUGAAAGUGCUCUUCCAAACUCUGAUGUUGAUGCUAAAGAAGUUGAAUAACAACAACGUAAAACAGGCAGCGGAAUGGAACUUCAUCCCGGCUGAAACACUGCAGCUCUGAGGAUUUUGGUUGGGGUUGAACUUGCAUCACAUGUGGAAAUUUUAGAACUAAAGGGCCCAUAUCAUGCUCCAUCUCCCCCAGUCCAUAAAGUUCAUACAUGGAAACUAAAGCCUUGUUCAGACAGCAUUAGUUGUCCAUGAUGCGGUGAGUAAGAUCAGUUUAGGACGUUCAGGACGUCUGAAACGCUUAUGAGUGAUUCACACAGGAUCUUGGCCUAAAUGACAAAGAUGGAGCAGAUUUAUGCACCGCCUUCACUCCACACAAGAGUAAAAAGGAUUUUAAAACAUAAUUUAGCCGUUAUUUUGUUUAUCCUAAUCAUCUACCUUUCUGUUGAAAGUGAAUGCAGUGCACCAUUAGCCUUGCCAUUAGCCUGAGAAUUUACAGCAAACGGUCAGCAUCACUGCAUAAAAACUUUUUUCUGUAUUUUUACCUGUUCUGAGUUGUACACGUGAAACAGGAGCCACAGAGCACAGCGAGUAAGAAGUUGGCUUCCUUUUCUCCAGAUUCUUGUUCGAAUUUUCACGUUUCACCUUAAAUUAUGCAGCAGUCACAUUCUGGCGCCUCAGGUGUUAUAAUAACUGCCGCACCACUUAAGGUGGAACGGAAAAAUUCUAACAACAAGCCACAAGUAAGCUCUUCUUUGGGCCUAAGAAACUCCUUUUCCCCGGAAUAUGAUAGCAUUUAUAUCAACGUGUCGAUUUGCACGGGAUUAAUGUGACCUGACAUUAUUUCUACUGCUCGUGAUGUGAGAACGGGCAGUUCUUAAAAAUGACUGACAUGGCGCAUUUGGACGGAAUUAAAAUCACAGAGAAAUGUGUAAAACUAUUCCUGUCCGAAUGGGGCUUAAGACCCUGUUCACAUUUAAUAUCCGUCUCAAGUGAUCUGAUCAUAAGGGGACGGGAGCUGCGCUGACUAGGGGAUAUUUUGAUCUUGACUAGUCGAUGAUCAUGUGAUAUUAACUACAUGGAUGCCUCAGAGAAGACAGCAGAUGAGGAGCCUGGUGAUUUCGUUGUCUGUAUCUCGGGUCUCCUGAAGGCUAGUAAUGCAACCCAGGGCUCGUUGGAAAUGUUGAAUGUUGUUAUCUCUGGUUUCCUAAGAUAAAAGGUACUCUGGGGGUGGGGGGGCAUAAUGCUUUGUAAUCCUACAUACAGACAACAUAGAGUCCUAAAAUACAGUUUGAAGCCAGCCACUCUUAUUUUCGUCGUGUGACAGCACUCUACAUUUCUCUGGCGUCUCAGCAAGGCCGCUUAGGUUGCGCCUCAGUGAGAUACAAAUUUCAGGGCCUGUCACAAUCGACCCUCCUGUGUCGUUUGGCUUCGUCACAGAUUUUUAAAGUCGCUUGUCACAAAGCUUUUCCUCUCCUGUGGUUUAAUUUAUGACAUUAGCGAUUAGUCGACAUUGACUCAACUUUCAUCACAAAUCCGUCCACUGUAAAAAAUCUGAUAAGUGUACAGCAAGACGUGUGGCCGUGCACACAUGGCAUGUCGGUGUGUCUUGAAUGCAGUGAUUUGAUUUUAUGACUGAAGGAAGGGCACCAUGCAGAUUUACUUCGUGUCACUGGGUUUGUUUUCAGACAAAAGUCCAAAGAAGCAUCAGUAAGCUUCAGCGUUCGUACUGUAAAUGUUGUGGCCAUAGGCGUCCCUGACCCCCCCUGAAGGUUGUUUAAGUGAUCAGCAGUGUUGCCAACUCCUCAGUAAGGAAAGGUGGCUAUUGGUUGUCAUAAAAGUCGCUAGAAGUCGCUAAGUGACGCCAUCGCCUAAUAUGCAUAAUUGUCCAUUUGCGUGUAUUUAAAGCUGUAGAAUAAAGGAAUAACAUUGUGGGAGAGAAAAAAGUGAGUAAAAACACGCUAAAUAUGUUAGAACUACAAAUAAACUGAAUAAAUGAACUUCUGUUGAUUCUUUUUUUUUAUUGCCUUUGAAAUAGGCCGUCACUUCUCAAAAUAACUUCAUGACUUUAAUGCUUUGUCUAGACCCACAUUUUACAUAAAUCAUUUUUACGUAAAUUACAUGAAUCAAUUUUGACCUGUGUUGUUAAAUGUUAGCAUAUCAAAUUUAAUCAAACGACUGUUAUGUGUUGGGCGGAACUGCUACUCUACGCUCAACCCUCCUCCUUUAUCCGGGCUUGGGACCGGCGAAGUGACCUUAAAAGAGACACUUUGACAGAGUUACUUAGUUUUUUUUUGUUUUCUGUCUUUUUUUUUCCAAAUUUUUAGUAUAUUUUUUAUUUAUAUUUACAUCCCGCUCUAUAAAUAGGGGGCGGGGUCAGCGGUGGUUUUGGCAUGCGCAGUUCAAAUGCAGUGUGGCCGUGGAGCGGUGUGGGUCUGCUCUGACUGAGACUGAGCACUGCGAGUGCUGUGGGACGGGGCUCAGGGCAGCAACUGGAGAACGUGUGUUCAUCUCAGAGUCUCCAAUAACACCAGAAAAUGUCGCUAGAUUUGUCGCUAGAGGGGUCUGAAAAGUUGGCAACACUGGUGAUCAGAACACGUUCACACCUGCACUCAGCGUUGUCCGCUUAUGAUCAGAUCAUCCAGCAUACUUGUUAACGCAAAUUGUGAACAGGGCCCAACAUGCCCGUUCAAAAGUCACUGUUUUUGUGUUUGUCACAAACCAUAUUUACAUAUAUCUAAAUAUUCACUCUACACCAGUUUAGCUCUGCCCAUUCACAUUCAUGCUGCGCUUUUUAAAUGCGGCCAGUCAAUCAGAACAGAGCUCAUUUACAUAUAUCAGUCUUAAAGGCACAGCCUUUAGUUAGUGUUUGGUGUGUUUAGUUAUAAGGGACAAAGAGAAAAUGAGAAACUGAGAAAAUGUUAGAUAUGGGCCCUUUAAGGAUUUCACACCACACACUCUUCUUAAAGGAUUCUUUAGUAAAGACAACGGUUUUGUACAGAACCGUGAACA